GCGUUCGGUACUCGAUACACCCCAAGAAACGCAAGCUCGACUCGGACGAACAGUCUCCCCCGGCUACUCCGUCGUCGGCGCCAGCCGUUUCGUCGGCGCCCGCGUCCUCCGAAGAGAACGACGCCGCCUCGUCCACUUGUCGUCGGCGUGCCUCGCGUAGCCCCGAGCGUAGCGCCGUCGACUCGUCGGCGUCGCGCCGCCGCCCUCAGAGUCACUCGGCCGACUCCGUGCUCUCUUCGCUGAGGCCCGAGCUGCGCCAACGCAGGAUGCAGUACCACGCGGUGCGCAGGCGCAAGCUGCGCUCCGGGCUCGACAUGAUCCGGCGCCGCAAGAGGCCGGCAAGCACGACCGCCGCCAAGCUGGCCGGAAGGAAUGAUCGAAAGCCCUUCGGCGAGUUGAACUACAGUGCGCCUCCUGACCUGAGCAAGAUCCCACUGAACAAGUCCACGGGGGAGACAGUCCUCCACCGCGCAGCCCGCCUUGGUCACGUGGACCUGGCCUGGUGCUGCCUCGAGUCCCGGGAGGGCGGCUCGGUCGAAUCGUGCGACGUGAACGGACAGACCCCGCUGCACGAGGCGGCUUCUCGCGGACACCUGCGCGUCGGCCGAGCCCUGCUCCAGUGUGGAGCCGACCCCAACGCCUGCGCGCACAACGGAAGGCGGCCCAUACAUGACGCCGUGGAGAAAGGCCACGUUGAGAUGGUGCGGCUGCUGUUGUCUUACGGUGCCGACGCUACGCUCACUACGGGCUCCGGUCUGUCUCCCCUCGAACUGGCCAGAUCGCCCAUCAUGGUCGAACUGCUCAGAGGUUUCCUCUCCGACAUGGCUGGCGAGAGUAUCGACGGAAGUCCCGUGUUAGCGUGGCACUUUGCCGGCACGGCCUCUUUCAUGGACCCGAAGGACACCGGCUUCGACAUCCUGGCCGGUGCGCCCGCCGAGGACUCGGGCGACGACAUGCUCUUCCAAGUGAGCGAGUCGGCGCAGAUCGCCACCUAUAGGCUCAGCCCACACCUGGCCGGCACGUCGGAACAAAGCUGCAGCGAGUGCGUCCGACUGGAUGACGUCCUUCAGCGCCUGCGCAUCUCGGCCGAAGAGUUCCGGCAACGGUUCCCGGCCGUCGAGAUUCUCGCGCUGGCCCCGCACGAACUGCGCGCCAAGACCACCACACCGUGGCUGGACGCCGAGAUGGCUGAGUCGAGCGGAACACCGGAGGCCUCGUCGCCGCCUUCGCCGCCGGCGUCCCCCGUGCAAGCCCUCCGCUUUGACGCCACCGUGCGCAGCAUCCUCGGCCUCCACAACCCAAUCCCGCGAUGAACGGAACGACGGUGUUACAUGACGUCAUCGCCUUCCCUUUCGCCACGUAGUCACUACCACCACCUGAGGUCUUGUCAUCGCCGCCGCCCUGUAGGACCACCCUCCCGUCCACAGCUCGCCCGAGCGCACAGCAGUUACGCCGGACCAGCGAGACCCGUACGUCGCGACCACUGAAGCCACGGACGUCCCCCCGCCUCGGGCACACACAUCCCCCCCACCGACCAUCACUGGCGCAGGCGCCAGGGUAGAGACACGCCAACAUGCUUGCCGACAAAAUGCGCGCGGCUCGCGAAGCACGCUGUGCAGACUCUGAACGAAACCGUGACGCGUUAGCGCCGCGCGCACGCGCGUGUUUGUGUGUCAUUUUAGGGGGGGGGGGGGGGGUGCUGCGUGUCGCCUUCGCCGCUACGGACGCUUCGAAUCGGCACGAUGAUGACGACGACCGCGAGCAAGACAGCGGACAGUCUUGGUUGGAGUUAGCGUGUGGGACAAAGUUUGCCCGACGGGCGCGCGGAACAUUUACCUCCUGCCACCACUGACUGUUGUCGCCGCUGCGGCGCGUUCGUGUCGUGGGACGUUGUGCAAGUUCGGCGGACGAUUUUCUCGCCGCCGUGUCGUAUUUUAUCCGGCAUUGGGAGAGGGGUGCGGCGGAAGGCCACGCGGUGUGUGCGUGCGCUCGAGCGGUCCCCCCCUCCCCUCAUUGCCUCCGGCGUUUGCCGCGGGUUUGUGCCGUAUUCCAUUUGCAGUCAUUUUUUCCCUACACCUGUGAAAACUGGGCUACCCGCCUUUAAUGAGUGUGUUGCUUGUCUCCGCGUUGUGUGCCCUUGAUGGUGUGUGCUAUGUGUAUACAUUUAGCUCCACGAUGUGUCUGUGUUGAUGAUGAUGGUUAUUAUUAUGCGUCCGAGGAUGCUCCUGUAAAAAAAAAAAUGAACAGAUGAAGGGAAGUAAACCGAGAAGGGCAUUUUAGGGACUGUUCAGCGCUUGGCUUUCCCCUGGCCGUUAUUUAUAUGUUGUCGCGCGUGCUCCCCGCUACAAAUAGCGCCCUAAUCCCCGAGGAGCGCCCAUGGCGCGUGUCUAUCUCUCCGCUGUGAGCAUCUAUGUCUCUAUCGCAUACGAUUGCAUAAGCGCCUGUUGAUGUCCCCGCACGGAUAUUCCGCCAUCGCUAUCUGUACAAGGUGUGUCGUUGUUGCUUAUAACUGUCUAGCGAGAUGUCCAAACCGCCGCUUUUACACACCUACAAGUGCCACUCAAGUUUGCUCUUGUGGGCAGGGGGAGGGGAAAUGUUUUUGCCGGCUUGCCUGUAACGAAAACACAAGAACGCCGCGUGUAUUCCCUGCGUCCGCACCCGAUACGUCGUUGAAAGAAAGCCUUGGAGUCCAACCGCGUACUCUCUUUCCGUCACGACGCCGUCUAGUUAAGCCUGACCCGCAUGGAUUUGCAGCCCAGUCACCGAUAAUUACAUGUGCCUGGCAUAUGUGCUUUUCCCCGAUGUUCUUUUUUUUUCUUCUUCUUUAAAUCAUCCGUGUCGUCCUGGCUAAGAGCUUUCAAAGCACGCGACGCUGUUCAUCUUUCCUUCUUUUGUAUCAUACAUUAUUCCGGGGUUAUGCACAAAAGAUUAUGUGCAAAUUUACGGCGAGCCGUGAUGUGAGCAAGCACGUGUUGAUGGUGACCGUAAUGGCCAUCGCGGUUUUAAGCCGCAGCAAGGUGGCUGGUUCACUGGGAAAGCACCCAGUCGUCGCGAAAGUUGCAGCGACAGCUUCUCUUCUAAGUCCCCUGUUGUAGCGCAGUUUUGAGUGUGUGUGUGUGUGAAUGUAUGUGUGUCGGCCCAUCUGAGGGCGAAAGAAAGUACCACGCUAAAGCGAGUUCAGAGCGAUCAUAUAUCGAAGAACCUUUUUGUCUUUCUUCGUCGCCGCGUGGGGGCGAGGCGUUCUUCAUCGCGACACAGCAUCGUCGCGUUGUCCGUAUCUCAACUCCACUCUAGGAACUUUUUUUCUCCGAUUUGUUUUCUCCUUCAGCAAACGCGGUAGCCGACGUGCCAUAUGCGUCGCCUAAGUCACGUAGUGUCGAUGUUGCUUCAAUCCUGCCAAAAAGUUCGCGAGAAAUGCGGAAUACUUUACGCUGUCGUUUCUCUCCCUUUGCGCUUGCUUCCUUUGCGUAACAGCAUUUUUUUUUUCUUUUUAGCUUAGCCGAAAUCGUGCACACGAUCUAUCCUUCGUUAUCUGAAUCCUGCGCCACUUUUGCGUUUCUUUUCUGUUCUUAAAGCUCCG